GCCAUUUUGAAAGUGCAGUGGAGUGAGUAGGCUACUCUUGAUUGCAGAGUUAGAAAGUUUUGUUAUUUCCCCACUGAUGAAAAGUGGCGAGUACUAUUGAGCGAAAUACUAAAGAAAGGUUAUUCAUUGAGUUGACACGCAGUGCAGUUACUUAGUUUACUAGACUUUUCUUGCGGACAUUUUUACUCCACCAAGCUCGGCAGAUUGGCACAGCAAGCGCUGAAACUCAAGACUGACAUUCCCUCUCAGCAUGGCAGGUGCUGGUGACGGGGACGAUGAGGUCCAGUGGUGCUUCUCUCAGGUCAAGGGGGCGUUUGAUGAUGACAUCGCGGAGGCUGACAUCAUCUCCACUGUGGAGUUCAGCCACUCAGGAGAGCUGCUGGCCACUGGGGACAAAGGAGGCCGAGUGGUCAUCUUCCAGCAGGACCCAGAGAGCAAGAGCCAGCCGCUGUGCCGAGGGCAGUAUAACGUCUACAGCACCUUCCAGAGCCACGAGCCCGAGUUCGACUACCUCAAGAGCCUGGAGAUCGAGGAGAAGAUCAACAAGAUCCGCUGGCUGCCCCAGAAGAACGCCGCCCAGUUCCUGCUGUCCACUAACGAUAAAACCAUUAAGUUGUGGAAGAUCAGUGAGCGAGAUAAGAGACCUGAAGGAUACAACCUGAAGGAGGACGACGGGCGAUACAGAGAUCCCAGCUCAGUCACUGCUCUACGGGUACCCGUAUUUCAGCCCAUGGACCUGAUGGUGGAGGCCAGUCCCAGGCGCGUCUUCGCCAACGCACACACCUACCACAUCAACUCCAUCUCCGUCAACAGCGACAACGAGACCUACCUGUCCGCCGACGACCUGCGCAUCAACCUGUGGCACCUCGAGAUCACUGAUCGCAGCUUCAACAUUGUGGACAUCAAGCCGGCCAACAUGGAGGAGCUGACGGAGGUGAUCACUGCGGCGGAGUUCCACCCCCACCAGUGCAACACCUUCGUCUACAGCAGCAGCAAAGGCACCAUCCGCCUGUGUGACAUGCGCGCCUCAGCGCUCUGUGACCAACACUCUAAACUGUUUGAGGAGCAGGAGGACCCCAGCCGACGGUCGUUCUUCUCGGAGAUCAUCUCGUCCAUCUCAGACGUCAAGUUCAGCCACAGCGGCCGCUACAUGAUGACUCGAGACUACCUGUCCGUCAAGAUCUGGGACCUCAACAUGGAGAGCCGGCCUGUUGAGACCUACCAGGUGCACGAGUACCUGAGGAGUAAGCUGUGCUCGCUCUAUGAGAAUGACUGCAUCUUCGACAAGUUUGAGUGCUGCUGGAGUGGAGAUGACAGUGUGGUGAUGACGGGCUCCUACAACAACUUCUUCCGGAUGUUUGAGAGGGGCGGUCGACAGGACGUCACGCUGGAGGCGUCGCGGGAGGUCAGCCAGCCUCUGAUGGUGCUGAAGCCUCGCCGUGUGUGCGCCGGUGGGAAACGGCGGAAGGACGAAGUGGGCGUCGACAGUCUGGACUUCAGCAGGAAGAUCCUGCACACCACAUGGCAUCCCCAUGACAACAUCAUCGCCGUAGCAACCACUAACAACCUGUACAUUUUCCAGGACAAAUGUUAACUAGCAUUAAUAACUACUUCUUUUGAUACUAAACCAGUUUUAUAAGGACUGCAGUAUAUUCAGGACCAGGCCAAAGCAAAGGCAAACCAAACACCAUUUCCCCCCCAAUUAAUUUCUACUGUAAGCCACUUCUCUGCGUUUUUUAAACACUCCCAACCUCAGAGGCAUUCCAUUGGUUCAUCUGUAUGUGCAUUUUACUGUUUUUGAUGUACAUUGUUUUUUUUUAAUGUCCUACAGAUUUUAUUUUAUUACUUUAUUGUUUUUUUUGUCCUUAUGAUAAAUUUCUUUCGUCUCUCGUUUUGACCGACUCCGCUGACGUCCCCGGAGAUGGCUGCCCUGAUCGGCAGUGGUGCUCAACCCAUCCUGGGGUCCGAGCUCCGAGGACUCGCUGUGUGUGUGUGUGUGUGUGUGUGUGUGUGUGUGUGUGUGUGUGUGUGUGUGUGUGUGUGUGUGUGUGUGUGUGUGUGUGUGUGUGUGUGUGUGUGUGUGUGUGUGUGUGUGUGUGUGUGUGUGGGUGCGUCUCCCAGCCGUCUUCCCCUUGCGAGGCUGUAGAGAGAGGGAUCAGCACAGCAGUCUCUAUGUGGAGACAGGAUAUGGACCGGCAUGGACAGACCAGCGGAGCCCCAGAGCCCCUGUGUCUGCCCACAGAAGGACCAGCAGACCCCUGUAUCUGCCCACACCAGCACAGUUGCAGCAGCCCUUGAUGAUUGCCCCCACCACACACACACACACACACACACACACACAGUCACACUCACAAAUGGAGGCUUUAGUCAUCCUGCACUCUUCUGAUGUUUCUCUGUGUUUGUUGCCACACACACACAACACACACACACACAAACAACACACACCUUCUGUAUGUUGAUCACUGCAGGCAUGUUUUACUGUAAUUUCUGGAGGUUAAAAGUUAAUGGUUUCUCAUGAUCUUGGGUAACAAUGUUUCCCUUUUUGUUUGUUUUGUGUGUGUUUUUAUAUUUGAUUUAUCUCAAUGUGUUUUAUUUUUUUAUUAGAAUUUUUUUUUUUUUAGAACUGUUUGUAUGAGAGGAUAAUCACUAUAGUUAGAUUUAUUUUUCUACAGAAUUAAAUGAGGGUGAUCUGAUCCUGAAUUGCAGUUCUGGGGCUGUGACUGUCCAGUGUGCUCCUCCCACACUCUGCUGGUUCUGAGAUGGCCAACGGUAUCUGUCCUGCAUGGUGACGUCCUGCAUUGUGACGUCCUGCAGUGAUCUUAAGCACUGUCUGCCGGUCGUGGGUUGGCCCACUAUCUGUCCUGCGUAGUGAUGUCCUAUGUUACCUUCAGCACUGUCUGCUGCUUCUGAGAGGGCCAACCUGUAACUGUCCUGCAUGGUGACGUCCUGCGCCAUCUUUAGCACUGUCUGCUGGUUGUAAGAUGGCUCACUGUAAUGUUCCUGCGUCAUCUGAACCCAGAACUGUGGUUGUGGAUGAGGAUUGGCUCCUUGGGUAGCCUCUGAUUGGACCCUGGCCAAUCUACAGUCGGCUCUUGUGUGGCUCUGCCGUGUCAUUGGCUGGGGCUGCAGGAAGUGCGAUCCAAAGACUACUGAGCUGUGUCCGCUGUCUCCACUGCUGUCCUGUGGUGUCGCAGGCAGCUCACCUACCCCCGGCUGCCCACCUACCUCCGACUGCUGGGGCUCCUGCAGGGUAACAAACCCUUUCAGCUUUUUUGCUUGAGCUAUAUUCAAAUCAGCUUUGUGCAAGUGUCUGUGUGUGUGUUAGCGUACAUGCAUAUGUAUGUAUGCAGGCCCUUCGUAAGUACGUAAGUAUGCAGGCCUCUCUUCGGGUAGACCCACUGGCUGUAGAGCACUGGGGUUGGCUGUGUCCUGAUGUGUGUGUGUGUGUGUGAGAGAGAGAGUCUGUCUCAUCCCUGGUGCAGACCUGCUGGAGUUUUCCUUCCUCUCGGCAGGAUGGAGCUCCAUACCAUGACCUUGUCCUUGGGCUUUCCUGUCACCACUGGCGUAGAGAUGUUCCUCUCUUCCCUCUCAUCUGCAUUAUAUUAUAGAGGAAUUCCUAUCUGACUGAUUCUGUCUGUGCGGACAGAGAUGUUCUUGGACUGACUUCAUUUGACUUCCCUGCUACAGAAGUAGAGGUGUUCCUACCCGACUGAUUCUCUAUGCGGACAGAGAUCUUCUUGGACUGAUUUCUUUUGACCACAGAAGUAGAGAUGUUCCUCUCCGACUGUCUAGCCAGAGCAGAGGCUCUGUGAGCCAUCGUCCUGUUUGAGCAAAGACGUUCCUCUCCUGGCAAAGGUGCUACUCUCAAACGUUUCGGAUGUGUUUUUGAGACUCGGCUAGCUGCCUUUCCCAUGCUGGUUCUGCAUUCAGUCCUCUCCCUGCCAGCGGAGAUGGAGCUCCAUUACGCCUGAGCUGGAGGGAACUGGACGUUGGGUUCAUCUGAAGGAUCCAUGCUGAAGGCGUCGCAAACUGCUCUUGCUUGCAGUAGCUCUCUGAGGUGCACUGCCAAGCAUGUUGAGGCUUUAUUCUUCUGUAUUUAGACUUAAUGCACUUACCGUCUGUCCUGCUUGGGAAGACUGUGCUCUUCGUAGACAAGCAAGUGUUGAAUGGGGCACCUGAUGGCAACUAUCUCUAUGCAGGGCAGAAAGUGUGAAUGUUAAAUUCAGUUGAGGUGUGUGUGUGUCUGUCUCUGUCUGUGUGUGUGUCUGUCGGUGUUUGGAGGUUUGUGUGUGUGUGUGUGUGUACAGGUGUGUGUCCUGUGGCUGAAAAGAGGCUGUGUAGGAUGGCUGUGUGGUGCUUUGAUUUAAGAACAAUACUCAAGGCUGGGCGUUUGACCACUGCUCGUACUGGGGGGCUUUAUGCAGGGAGAACAUGAAUUAGUCAGACUUAUAUAACAAUGAAAAGACUUCAAAACCAAAUAAACUUCAUCAAUCAA